AUGCGUCUAUCUGCAGUGGCCUGGUUACUAUCCACUGUUUCAGUUGUGUUAGCUUCAAGUCACGGCUCAACCUCUCGGCAUCGUGAUUCAUAUAGAAGAUCUUCAACUGAACAGGCCGGAAAUUCCACUACAUCAUCCGAAUAUGACUAUGUGGUUGUUGGGUCUGGUCCUGGUGGUGGGCCCCUAGCAGCAAGAUUGGCAAUUGCCGGCUUCAAAGUGCUUCUUUUGGAUGCCGGUGAUGACCAGGGAAAUGCUACCCGACAGAUUGUGCCUGCCUUGCAGCUUCAGUCUACCGAGUAUGAACCGAUGAGAUGGGACUACUUUGUGAACCAUUACUCGAACAUGUCACGUCAGGAGGAGGACACCAAAAUGACAUACAGGACUCCUGGAGGAGACCUCCAUGUCGGACCUAAUGCACCUGAUGGAUCUGAGCCUUUAGGCAUCAUGUACCCAAGGGCUGGAACCUUGGGAGGAUGCUCUGCCCACAAUGCCAUGAUCACCAUUUACCCAUACGAGAAUGAUUGGGAACACCUGGCUGCUCUCACCGGUAAUGAUUCGUGGUCUGCCUCAAACAUGCGUGGAUACUUCGAAAGACUGGAGCGCAACCGAUAUUUACCCAGUGGUCUGUUGGGCCACGGUUUUGAGGGAUGGCUCACCACAAGUUUAACGGACCUGCGUCUUGUCAUUGAGGACCAGAAGCUUCUUUCCUUGAUUCUUGCCGGCGCGACAGCGGCAGGACAGGGUUUGCUGGGGAAAAUUAUAGACACUGUCACUGGGCUUGCAGGUGUGCUUCUACGCGAUCUCAACAAUGCUUCCCCAACCCGCGAUUACGACACUGGUCCAUACCAAGUACCUCUUGCUGUGGAUGUUCCGGAGUACAAGCGUACAGGUCCCCGAGAGUUCCUCAUGAAGACUGUCAAUGCUGUUAACUCAGACGGAUCUCGAAAGUAUCAUCUUGACAUCCAGUUGAACACUCUAGUGACCAAGGUCCGGUUUGAUACUUCCGGACCUAAGCCGCGUGCUCUUGGUGUGGACUAUCUCCUGGGUCAGAGUCUUUAUCGCGCAGACCCUCGUGCAUCUCGCACAGGCUCCAAGGGCACGCCGGGUAGCGUUAAUGCUGCCCGCGAGGUUAUUUUAUCCGCAGGCUCAUUCAACACCCCUCAGUUGUUAAAGCUGAGCGGAAUUGGCCCGACAGAGGAACUAUCUGACUUGGGUAUUUCCACCUUAGUCAACUCCCCUGGUGUCGGUUCCAACCUCCAGGACCGCUACGAGAUUGGAACCAUUGGAAAGUCCCCAACUGAUUUCGUUCUCACCUCCAAAUGCACCUUUAUGUACACCAUGCCCGAUCCCUGUCUGGAACAGUACGAGAACGAUCCUUUGUUCAAGGGUACAUAUACCACCAACGGAAUCGCUAUUGCCAUCAUCCGCAAGUCAUCCGUUGCUGAAGAUGAGCCAGAUCUUCUGAUAUCAGGAGCCCCCGUCAACUUCCCUGGUUAUUAUCCCAACUAUUCCUAUGAAGGUCUCAAGGAUGCUCAGCAUUGGACUUGGAUCACGUUGAAAUCACGCAGUCGCAACAACGCAGGUACCGUGAAGCUGCGCUCCACCGACCCGCGUGACAUGCCCGAGAUCACCUUCAAUUCAUUCGAUUCCGGCGUGACAGAAAAUGACGCCGACGAGAAAGACCUUCAGGCUGUUUAUGAAGCGGUGGAGUUUUCUCGUACUAUCUUUGAAGAUCUCAUUCCUCUCGACGGUGGAUUUGACGAGGUCUGGCCGGGGCCCAAUGUGACAACGGAGAGCCAAGUCAAGGACUUUAUCAAGCAGGAAGCUUGGGGUCACCAUGCCUGCUGCACUGCUGCCAUUGGAGAGGACGGUGAUGAAAAUGCCGUGCUGGACUCGGACUUCAGAGUGCGUGGGGUUGAUGGUUUGCGUGUGGUUGAUGCAUCGGUAUUCCCUAAGAUUCCCGGAUAUUAUGUCGCGUUGCCGAUUUACAUGAUCAGCGAGAAGGCUGCCGAGGUAAUCAUUGCUGACGCUAUUUGA